AUGGCCUCAAACUCGCUUCCUCUUGUGGUAGCGAGAUUUCUGCUCGCUUGCCCGUUUCUUGUCGCGAGCAUGACCACGUUCGCACUGCUAAAGGAUAAAGUGACCGCGAGUUACGCUAUAGAGCAGAACCGUGCUGUCAUUAACACUCUUGGGGAGCUCGGAAAGCAGGUGCCGCAGGACAAGCUUGCUGUGUUCCUGGCGGUUACACAAGGGUUGGGCGGCUUCCUUAUGGUAUUCAACCACAAGUUUGGAGGCAUCCUCCUGGUCAUGUAUCUCCUGCCAAUGACCCUGCUGACACACCAAUUUUGGAGAGAAGAGGAAUACGGCAGCGUGCAGGAGCAGCUAGACGUGCUCGUGAGAUUUUUGGAGGACGCGGCCAUCUUGGGCGGUCUCCUCAUGUUUAUAACGACAACAGACGGGGUCCCCCUCAAGGUGAAACGCAAGCCGCAUCUAGACUAAUAGUCUCCAUCUAAUAAUCCUGAGCAGCCAUCGCGCCCUUGGUUCCGAGAGGUUGAGAGAUUGUUGUGUGCGGCUCUGUCGAGCCAAUGCGACCUAGGUCGGCCUAAGUAAAGGUAAAGUCGGCCUGGCCAAAUCCCACACAGUCCCACCUAGGAAGUGUCCUUACGCAGAUCGUUAGCAGCAGGGUACUCACGCCUACCUCCCGUAGACACACCACGGAUGGUCUCCCCCAUCGAUUCCCGCCAAGACUGCUAUGAAUUCCAGUGUAUAGCCCCCGCUGUUUCAAUCGAUGAGUUUUAAAUGAAUCUAAUCGCGUUUUCAUCGAGUAUUGAGACACCGAGGGACACUGAAUGCUGCAUGCCUCAAUCGAUUCAUUCACGAAUGCUGCAAUGACUCUAUCAAUUGUUACUGUAACACUGAGAGAAACG